AUGCUUCACCUGACAAAAGGAUGUGUGGGGUGCUUGCUUUCCAGGCGAGCAGUUUUGGCACUGACAAACAGUGGCGCGAGGAUGUCAAGCCAUGACCACCAGGAGGUCUCCGACAACUUGGACAUGUCACAGCCAAUGUACUGGGAUCGUCUGGACACCCCUCUGCCAGACAGACCAUGGAAGGACGUCCUGGACUCUACAGAUAAGAGCCUGAAACAGAAGGAGAAGGGUCCCUGGACUGCACUGUCCAAGGAGGAGAAAAUCGCCUUGUACAGGCUGAAGUUCAACCAUACCUAUCCUGAGAUGAAGAGGCCGUCCCAUGAGUGGAAGACUGUGAUUGGUGGGAUGUUCAUAGUCUUUGGCAUCACUGGUCUGGUGGUCUUUUGGCAGUGCCACUAUAUGUACCCACCCCAACCUCAUACCUUUGGUGAGGAGUGGCAGGCUAAGCAGAUCCAGAGGAUGCUGGAUAUGCGGGUAAACCCAAUUGAGGGCUUCUCUGCCCAGUGGGACUACAAGAACAAACAAUGGAAGUAAAGGAAGGGACUAGACCCCUGCUGGAAGGAAGAAUGGUUCGACUUGACACCUUGAGCCUCUGUUCAGCCACCAUAACUGCAAUUCAUCCAGCUGAAUCCAUUCUCUUACUGUUUAAGUAAUAAAUAACUAAA